AUGCCCAAACCAAAAGACCGAGACGGCUGGUUGGCGUAUAUCAAUGGUGGUCCCUCUGUCAAGGAGAAAGAAGCUUCAUAUGGCCCUUCGACGGCGUUCACUCCUCGUUCUGUCUCUGUUGCCAGCAAUCGUCCAGCGAACAUUCAAAGCGCAGGGAUUAUUGAUGAUGAACCGGAGCCUGCUCUCGAGGAAGACAACCCUCGCCUCCCAACACCAUCGAUCCUCAAGUCCCUAGACGACCAUGGCACGAUCCACCUUUUAAUGUUCGUAGCGUAUUGGAUAAGGCGCUCCUUGGACUAUUCUCCUUCACUUAAAAUAUCCCCUACACGGCCUCUUCACUUUCCAAAACACCACCAACAGUGGACCUUUUCCCUAUUAGCGCACUUGGACACUGGGUUAAGGAGCGAAGAGAUAUCCCAUCUAAGAGAACUUGCUAGGGCGUGUAUAGCGGUUGUUAGGGAGGACUUGGAAGGAGAGGGGCCUGUCAUUGUAGACCAGAGCACGGUGGGUGGGAGGGACGAACACGAGGAAGAAAAGGGAAAAUACUCUCAUUUGACAGGAGUAUGGAUGGUCAUUGCCGCAAUAGCCUCCAUAUGGGGUCAACGUGACAUGUGGCAGAAUGCCGAAGAGGCAUUGGCCGAUCUCGUAUUAGUCAGACGUCGCAAAACUCCAAAAAUAGAGCCUCAGGUACUUAAAAUCGAGCCGGAUAGACCGGAUGUUGAGAUGGACGUAGUGUUAAACUAUGGAUAA